GCCGCCCGUGACGUCACCCGCUGGGAUAACCGAAGAUGGCGACUGCAGGGACGCUUCCCCUUCAAUGCAUCUCUCCGGCCCUCCUCGUCCUCCUGCUCGGCACGCUGAGCAGCUGCGAGGAGCAAGUGCCGCUCGUCUUGUGGACGCACCAAUGGACCCCCCAAGCGAACCAGCCCCUCCCUGCCGCAGGUCACAUUGUGGAGCAGCAGCAACUCUCCGGUUACCUGGAUACAAUUGUGAACACUGGCCCCCGAAAUGUCCUGCUGUUUCUUCAGGACAAGAUGAGCGUGGAGGAUUUCACGCUGUACGGAGGAGCUUUUGGAAAUAAGCAGGACAGUGUUUUCCCCAACCUGGAGAGUGCCCUGAGAUCAUCGUCCUCCUCCCUGGUGCUUCCGGCCGUGUCCUGGCCGGCCUCCAACGCAGUGAUUGGUCACCUGCAAGAGCAACUGGAGACCUCCCCUCUAUACAUGGACCCCGACACACUGAGUCAGCUCACGCUCAACGCUUCCUCGCCCGCCCUGCUCGUCUUCCGACUGCCCUACUACAUCGGGUCUGAUCUGAUGUCUGCCAAAGAAGUUCUGAGCGGGAACGACGAGGUGAUGGGCCAGGUUGUGAGUGUCAUGAAGAGCCAGUCUGUUCCCUACACGGCCAUCUACACCGCCCUGCGACCCUCUCGGGGGUCGCCUUCGGUCGCCAUGGAGGCGGCUUUGGCGGGCGGCCGCUCGCUACUGCAGGCCAGAGGCGGAUACCGAGAUCGAGAGCGAGAACGCGAGAGGCAGCGCAAAAUGAAGGAGAGGGCAGGUGUCUACGCUCCAGUGGAGUUUAAGGAAGGUGAGAGCAGUUGCAUCCUCCUGUGGGCCAAAGGCCUGUCAGUCAGCAUCCUUCGCAGCGGCCGCUGGGAGUCACACGACCUCACCCCGUCCACCUUCGGUGAGGGCGUCAGUCCGAAGCUGCACGGUUCCAGCUGCGACAAAACCAAAGCAAGACUGACCCUCAAUUACGAGAACAUUCUUGGACACCGCGACUUCAAAUUGAUCUUCAAGCUGAGCCAGCGCCACUACACGGUGUCGGCCCGUCGCUGGUUCACGCUGGACGCCGUCGAGUUGGAGUACGACGGCACCAAGGCGACGUUUAACGGCAGCAGGAACAUUUACGCCCCGGCCGAGUACUCGUACCGCUGCGAGUCGGUCAGCAGCUUCCGUUGGCCUCAGCUUAUCCCGCGUUCAUCCAAAGAUCCAGCCAAUCAGUGGAGGGUCGCCUUCGAAGACUUCCAAAUUCAAGGCUUCAAUGUGAGUGGCGGCGAGUUCUCGUACGCCUCCGACUGCGCCGGUUUCUUCUCGGCGGGGAUCUGGAUGGGCUUGAUGACCAGUCUCCUCAUGGUCCUCGUGCUCACCUACGGCCUCCACAUGAUCAUGCAGCUUCACACCAUGGACCGCUUCGACGACCCAAAAGGCCCGGCCAUCUCCGUGCCGCAGACGGAGUAAAGUCUCGGCAAUCAUCACAAUCAUGUUCUGUAUUCCCGUCCAACCGUUGUCAUUGCUCCCGUCUCUCUGUCUACCCACCCACACAAUAGCAUGUCCCUGCUCCUGUAACGCUUUCAACGUCCCUGCUCCUGACCUCACAGGGAUUCUUCCAAGCUCACCCUGCCCGCAUCCGUGUUUGUUUUGUGGUGUACGCUCAGCGUUGGUUUCGACCCUAUAUUCUAAAUCUUUUUUUGUGUCUAACAGGACA